UUAAUUUAUUAGACAUUAAAUUAACUAAAAAAAUUUUCUUUAGUUUUGAAUUUGUUUGAGCGUCGUGAUCGAUCACUUGGCUGUCUUACUCAACGGUUUCUCAUGUUGUUCUUUGUGUCUGAUACAAGAAUCGUAGGACUUGACGUGGCUGCACUCAUUCUGAUCGGAAAUAUGAGUCCAGAGUCUGCUACAUGGAAAACUAAGGUGCGUCGUCUCUACGACAUCGCCAACAUCUUAUCAAGUCUGGACUUGAUCAAGAAGGUUCGGCUACCUCUUCGCUACGGCAUGAAACCUGCAUACCAAUGGGUCGGAACACAAUUGGACACGGCAGCUCAGCAGUACGUUGCUGCUGAGCGACUUCCCACCACCAGUAAGACGCCUGCAAGGAAACGGUCGUACAGCAAGAAACACACUCUUCUAGACGGAUUCGAAGCAAUACCUCUGCCAAAAUCAGAGUCGGCUGAUAUGCUGGGUGGCAGUCAAAAUUCCGCCCAUUUGAGUGGCUCCAGUCAAUCGGAAUCGUGUCUAUCGACGGAAGCAGGCGACAGCACUGAACUACAAAUGGCGUCCGCUCUCAUGCAGCUCAAAUCUGGCCAACCGAUUCUGUCAACUUCGACGAAUUUUGCAACAUCGGUGGCGGCAGCCUCGACUCAAGUCGGAACAACACAGAUGAAAUCCGGCGACUCGACCGCGGCCAAUAGGCGGACUAUACUCACAGUCAUGCAGACAUCUGUAUUGCCGUCUGGUCAGUCUCUUCUUGUUCCCUUGUCGAACAAUUGUUUACAUCAAGCAGCCGGGGCACCCACUAUCUUCCUACCGACUGCUGCAAUCAACUACAACAACGAAACACAGCAGAAGCGAGAGCUGGAGAGACAGACGACGAAACCAAUUUUGCUUUCCUUUCUUUCGUCAUCAAAUCAGUUACAGGGGAGGGCAACAGUUCCUACAGUUCCAGUGUUUCGAGCCGACAUUCCGAUGAAAACGAGCAAACCCACUAUAGUUCCAGUUUUUCAAACUGAAAUUCCGGUGAAAACGAGUAAUUCUACCACUAAAACUAGCCUCCAGUGUGUGUCUGAUGCCAUACACACACGGACAUCCACAGCCACCGUUCGUCAACCGUUUACUGUUCUUCCCACCGCAACAUUCAGUCCUGCAUCUGAGACUGUGUUACCCGACAACAAGCACUAUCGUACAUCUCAAACUGUUGCUAAUCGAUCGAGUUCAGGACCAAAACCGAUCGCUCCUAAAGGGAGUUUACCAUCCAAUGUAGUCGACGUCACAGCCCAGUUGAAUGCCAUCAGAGAACUGCUGGCACAAGAUAGUGAAGCGUACGAGACGCUGAUAGAGAAGCAGCGUCAAACAACCGAUCAAGAAAAUGUACUUGCCACGACUGUAACUAAAGUGAUGUCACCAUCAAUUGUGUCACCCGUGAGCAAGAGUGGCACCGGCACGACUUUCCCUGUCAAGGCACUGCACAUUCUCCCUCUGCAGGGUGUUUCAACUGCGCGGUUGUCGAGCCCUCAACAGCACAUUGAGCACUUACACAAUGAGAUCAAACAACAGAGUGGAGUGCCCUCGCCAUUGGUAAAGCCGCUGCACUUCCAUCAUUACACUCCUCAGAAACAAAGCAAAGAGUCAUCGCAGCAGCAUCGAUUCGUGCCACAAGUGCAAUGUACUGACACACAGGAGUGUGCUGUUGCUGUUACCGCAACUGAUUCGUUGACGUGCAGAGAACAACUGAGUCCAGCCACACCGAAGCCGGUGACUCCUCCUGUGGUCGGAUCAAGGGUAGAGAAUGGUUUGCACACUAAACGAAGGCAACGAACACUGUUUUAUCCAACUGAUUCCAUGGCAACGACAGUAGAGAAAAUACCAGUAGAAACGCUGCCUGUUACCAAUCAAAUCAGUGCCCCUGGGCUACCCACAUUAUUUCAACACCAAAUUGUAUCGCAGUCAUUCUGUCCAAUGUCUGCAAUCUCGGCUUCUCAUUCUGCCUCUUUGCCUCCUGUUGUAUCACUCUCCACCACUCGUGACGCCACACGUUUGUCCGACUGCAAGCCAACAUGCACGACAACUCAGAUCGUUAAUCAGGACGAUCUCAGAGCAAUUACUGAUCAGAACCAGAAUGCUUUCGGAUUGUUGGGUAUUUGUCCAUUGUGGAAUUUUACGCAGCAGAGACAUCUCUGAGCUGAGCUUGGUUGCGAACAAUUAAUUUGGUCAAUGCCUUUUCUAAUGGAAUGCCAUACUUGUGUAUCUAUUGUCCUUGUGUACACUAUGAUAUAAUGUGAUUGUAUCUGGAUGUGAACAAAUGGUGUCGGUUGUGGAGCGAGCGUGAGCUAGAGGGUUUAUUGUGAUUCUGUCUGUUGUGACGUAGAACGAGUU